AUGAGAGCCGAAAUUUAUUAUUUCCUGCUGUGGACGACCUAUCUGCUGCUGGCCACCGCUCAGGACUUUCCCCAGGAGCUGAUCGACCGACUGUCCCACAGUGAAAUCCACAGCAUCAGCGACCUCCAGCGGCUGCUAGAAAUUGACUCCGUAGGUACGGGAAACGAUGUCAUCGAGGGGCCCAAGCAUCAUAAGCGCCACCACAACCACCAGCAUCAGCACAAGAAUUCCUCCCGUCAUCCGGGUUACUAUAGCGACCUGAAGAGCUCGCAGCUACACAGUCGCCGAAAGAGGAGUCUCGUGGAGGAGGCGGUCCCGGCGGCGUGCAAGACGCGGACGGUGAUCUACGAGAUCCCCCGGAGUCAGGUGGACCCCACCUCGGCCAACUUCCUGAUAUGGCCGCCCUGUGUAGAGGUCAAGCGCUGCACGGGCUGCUGCAACACCAGCAACAUGCGCUGCCAUCCUUCGCGCAAGCACCACCGCACGGUUAAGGUGGCCAAGUUGGAGUAUGUCAAAAGAAGACCCAGGCUGAAAGAAGUCUUCGUGCGGUUAGAAGACCACCUGGAGUGCGAUUGCACGUCGCAGCAUCACAUCGUGGAGCACUCCAAUUCUGAAACAGGUAAUUUGAAGCGCUUCUAUCAAUGUCUUCGAGAAGAAGAGAGACUAGAGGUAUUCCAGGGCGUGGCCGGGGAUCCCCCAAGACGGAAGAAGUUUACACUGGUGGAGAAGGCGAGCACUAUAGUCUCCUGCUGCCCGAAGACCCGAGGCGAAGGAGGACAUGUGUACACCCGAGGCAGAUGGUGGCUCUGGAAGACGCUGCCGAGGGAUCAAACAGAGAGCGGCCCGGAGAUAACCGCCACUGAGACAGAGGUGGCUCCGGAGGAUGCUGCCAAAGAGGCCUGA